AUGCCUCAUACACGCUUCCGCUUCGACGGAGAGUCGGAGGAGUCCGACUUCUCCGAGACCGACAUGUCCAUGCGCGGCCGCAACGGCCGCACUUCCAUCCACCAUCGCUCCAGCUCCCGCCACCGCCACCCAGACGUGGCAAAAGAGACCUUCCUGGCGCCAGUGCAGCAGGCCACGCGAGUCUACCGAUCGGCAUCGACGGGUGGGCGCCGGCCGCGCGAUCGCGAUGACGUCCCGGCGGUGAUGAUCGUGAACGAGCAGGCUCAGCGCACAAACAACACCAAAACCAACAAGUCACGACGGGUGCAGCAAAAGUACGAGGAGGACUCGGACGAGGAAAUCGUGCACUUGUCACGGCGGCGUGCUGCUAGCGGCGUCUCCCGUGAACCCUCCCCCUACCACCGCGACUACGAGCUCGCUAUGAACCAGCAUAUGCUUGAGAAGCAUGACAUCCAUCAGGAUCUGGAGAUCUUCAAGCACCAGCAGGAGAUCGAGCGUCUGGAGCGCGAGCUUCAGAAGACCCGCGAGAAGAGCGCGUCGCCGCGCGAACACGGUCACCAGCCCCGUGAGUCGCGACUGCUGCGGGACGAAGAGGAGUUCUAUGAGGAGGAGAUCAGUGAUCGACUGCGCCGGCUGCAGCGAUAUGAACGGAAGAACCGUUCAGAGGAGGAGCGACGGCAAGCGGAACGCCAAUGGCGGCUGAGGAAGUUUGAGGAGGCGGAGAAGGAGGCUGCUGAUCGAGAGGAGUUGAAGGCUAAGCUGCGGGAGGAGAAGUUGAAAGAGAUUCAGCGCCAGCAGGAGGAGGAUAGGGAGCGGGAGAGAUUGAAACUUGAGCUCAAGGAACAGAAGCUGAAGGAGCUUCAGAAGCAGAAGGAGGAGGAGGAGGAGCGGGAGCAUCUCAAGAAGGAAAUCCUUGCGGAAGAGGCUCGCAAGGCAAUUGAGGCUGAGGAAAAGAGGAAAAAGGAAAUUGCUAUGAAGGCUGCCGCCGUCGAGGAGUGGAAACUCGAACAGGAGCGCAUUGCACAGAAGAAGAAGGAAGAAGCGGAGAAGAGGGAUAAGGAGUUCCGCGAGCGACUGUGUGUUGAGUUUGGUUACUCCGAAGAGGAGAUCGAGGAGAUCUUGAGGAGGAAAAAGAGGGAAGAGAGGAAGGACGAGAAGAAGAUCGAAUUCGAAGAGACAAAGAAGACCACAUGGAUCAAGGUCCACCGCAAACACCUUCUCCCCGAGACUUUGAUGGCUUUCAAUCUGCCCUGGGACUGGGACGAGCACGACACCAACUAUAUCAUCAUCAAGCGCUGGGUCACCGAAGACUUCCAAGAAGAACUCUUCGCGCACUCGCGACGCCUGCGCGAGGGCAAGGUGAUCACAGAGACCUCCAGUUCUACCACCGAGCUCAAGGUCAACGACCGCAACAAGGACAAGAUGUACCUGGUGCGAAAGAAGAGUCCCAGCCGGCGGAUGCGCAUUUUCGCAUGA